AUGGAGCAAGCAUUCGACACGAAAGUGAAUGAAUUUGUGACAACACUAGAUGUGAAAAAGCAAAGCAAAUAUUUAAUUAAGAGAGACAUUUACAAUCAAAUCGUCCAAGUUUUGAAGGAUAUUGAAGGAAAACACCAGUCACAAUUAAAAUUUUGGGCUAAGAAACAUUUUACCUUGGUGAAAAUUGCUGAACAAGAUGUUCUGUAUUCAUUCAAGCAAAAGUUACCAGUGGUGACCUAUGAAGAUUUAUUUGAAAAGAUCAAUGAAUGUCACACAGCUGUUGGACACUUGGGCAGAGACAAAACCUGGCAUGAAAUUAAACAUCGUUUUUCUUUCGUACCACUGAACACCGUGAAGAUUUUUAUUGGAUUGUGUGACCAGUGUGUCAGCAGAAAGGUGUUUCCAAAGCCAGUGACAGGAAAACCAAUAGUAUCGGUUGGAUUUAUGACAAGAAUGCAAAUUGAUCUGGUAGACAUGAGAAGUGUUGAACACAAUGGUUUUAAAUGGAUAUUUCAUGCAAAAGAUCAUUUUUCAAAAUAUUCUUGGCUUUAUCCAUUAACUUCAAAAGAAGCAAUUAAUGUGGCUGAAGUAUUAAAAUCUAUUUUUUAUCAAUUCGGACCGCCAAGAAUAUUACAGUCGGACAACGGCCGUGAGUUUGUUGCCAAAGUAAUUCUUGAUUUGACAAAAUUAUGGCCGGGAUUACUGAUAAUCAAUGGACGCCCAAGACAUCCACAGUCGCAAGGACUAGUGGAAAGAGGCAACGCCGUUGUACAGCAAUUACUAGGUAAAUGGUUAGAUACCAAUGUUACCACUGAUUGGCCAUCAGGACUUGGUCCUGUUAUGUAUGCUAUUAAUACAAGUGUAGCUCGAACCAUUAAUCAAACACCUUUUCAAGUAGUAUUUGGACAGCAACCGCGGACAGACGACUAUACUUGGAAAUGCAUCGAAGCUCAUUUGAAAAACAAGGAACAAGACGAAGAAAACUAUAUCAUGCUUGAAGAAGAUUUACCGGCUGAUAUAUUCGACAUGACCCAACAAGCAGAUGAUAUUGAAGGUUCACCAAUUGAUCAAUCAACGAAAGAUUCAAAUGAAGAUGAUAUUGAAGGUUCACUAAUUGAUCAACUAACGAAAGAUUCAAAUGAAGAGCGAAUAUGUACCGAUGCAGCUGCCGGUACGGGUGAUCAAUCAGCACAGAAUAAUGAAGAAGAAAUACGUUCCGAUUUAUGCAUCGAUCAUGAAGAACUUGUCGAUGGAACUAUAUUUGUAUCUAAUGAUGUUGAACCGAAACCUGAAUCCAUUGCUGUCAAUCGUCACAAACGAAUUCGUGAAAAUGCUGAAGAAUGUUAUUUGAACAAUGCUCAUGCACAGCUUACUAGAUAUAUGAGCAAGUCUUCUAAACGACAACGAACUUAUCAUGUUGGCGAUGUUGUUGGCCUGAAAAUAACCGAUGUCGAUCGCACCAAUACUUCUCCGACAAUACUUCCAUGUAAAAUAGUUGACUCAAAAGAGCAAGAUGGCGAAACUCUGUAUAAUGUUGCAACCAUGAACGGUAUCAUUAAAGAAAGUUUCCAAUCUGCAGUUUUUCUAGAUCUUACAGCAUCCAAUUUUACGGCAUUACGAAUUCUUAACACCGAAUUCUUAUCAUCGAUUAGCUUCAUCCAAGCAUGCCAGACUUACACCAGUUUCAAAUCGGCUAAUACAUGUAAAUGUAAUGGUGAUUGCAGCACAAAUCGAUGUCAAUGCAAGAAAAAAGAUCGGAUGUGUUGUUCUAAAUGUCAUGGUGGUAAUGGCUUGAAAUGUAAAAACUGUUAG